AUGUACCUAAAUAACAAUUGAGCUCCAAAAAUAAAAAUAAUUGAGUUUUUUAACUUUGGUUCUCCUUCAUUUUGGAUGCAAAGCUGAGCAGGAUAAAGGAGCAGCGUCCAAAGCGCUCGCGAUAAUUGCACGGCCUGUCUGCAUUUGCGGAUAUUGCUCUUUUAACCAGGAGCCGGUACCGGCAUCCCCGAAUGAAAACAAAUAGUUAAUGUAUAUUUAAGAUGCACGGAUCUUGGAAACUAGCUCUGCCCUUUGGCUUUGUUUUGUAUUCGUUGCCGUUGUUUUUGCGCGUAAAUGGCACUUCGGAGUAUGUAAUAGACGAGGAAUUUCAUAUUCCUCAAGGUCUGGCAUUUUGCCGCAAGCAAUUUGAUGUGUGGGACACCAAAAUCACCACCUUUCCAGGUCUGUACCUCAUCGCACUAGUGCUGAACCCCUUCGAUUACUGUACGGUGACGGGCCUCCGUCUGCUGAGUCUUAUCGGGGCGGGCAUUAACAUUCUGCUGCUCUACAAAAUUCGACGUCGCACGUUGGCCGGCACCGGUGGCAAUUCCUUUGCCGCUCAUGAGGCCAUCACAUUAUCGGUACUGCCGCCACUGUAUUUCUUUAGCCAUCUCUACUACACAGACACCUUGGCACUCACCAUGGUGCUGCUGUUCUAUAACUACUGGCAGCAGGAGGCCCAUUUGCCUGCCGCGGUAUUUGGUGCGGCUAGCGUGCUGAUGCGCCAAACGAAUAUUGUGUGGGUGUGCAUGUGUUGCGGCAUCACAGUGCUGGAUACAAUCGUGCAGCAGUGUGCCAAGGAGCGACAUUUGCGUGCCGACCAGGUGUCUCUGCUAAACUCUCAGAUGUGGCUUCAGUUGCUCAGUAGUCCGCAGCUGUUGUGCAACUGCAUACUGAAGAUAUUCGCAAAAUGUUGCUUCUAUGCUUCCAUUAUAUUGCCUUUCAUUGGUUUCAUAUGUAUCAAUGGCUCUAUUGUUGUCGGCGAUAAGAGCGCGCACGAGGCUUCACUGCAUUUGCCACAGCUCUUCUAUUUUGCCGUAUUCGCGGCUGGCUUCAGCAUCUCCAAUACACUGCGCCAACUGCGUCCAGCUGGGGAAUUGUUGCGGCGCCACCUGCCCCUUACUUUCGUUGCGUGUUGCACCAUUGCGGUGAUUGUGCACUUGAACACAGUUGUGCAUCCGUAUCUGUUGGCCGAUAAUCGUCACUACACCUUCUAUGUUUGGAGUCGUCUGUACAGCCGAUACUGGUGGUUCCGAUAUGUCAUGGUACCUCUCUAUUUGUAUGCGUUGGCACUUAUAUACUGCGGUCUGCGGCACAUGCGCGACAGCUUUAAGUUUAUGUUCGUGGUGGCUCUGCUACUGGUGCUGUGCUUCCAGCGUUUGCUGGAGUUGCGUUACUUCCUGGUGCCCUAUGUGCUAUUCCGAUUACACACAAAACCGGCACGGAAGGGCUAUGCGGAAUGGCUGGAGCUGGGUGCGCAUUUGCUUCUUAAUGUCGUUACGUUUUAUGUUUACUUCACGAAAGAGUUUUACUGGAAAAAUUAUAGCACGCCACAGCGUAUAAUAUGGUGAAGCGCAAUAUCUUAUCCCCUUAAGCAUUUACUUGACUAGUCCUUAUAUGUUGUUAGAUUAUGCAGUAAUCUAAGUUUUAAUAGAAAGAAUAUGAUUUACUUUCAUGCCGGUACCAAAGCAAGAGUAUCGUAAUUCUUUCCAGGUUCAGUAAUUCCAAUUUAGUAAUAAAAUUUAAGAAAUACUAUCGUUCUUCAAACAGCAACAACAAUAGUAAUU